UGGGACCAUGUCACCAUGGAUAACCAGGAACUGGGCUUCAAAGCUGGGGAUGCCACUGAAGUAAUGGAUGCCACCAACAGAGAGUGAUGGUGGAGCCAUGUCACUGUUGGGGAGGGCUGGUUUCCAGCUAGCUUCGUGUGGCUGUGGGUGAACCAGGAUAAGCCCUGGGACAAGGCAGGCAAUGGUGGGGCUGAGGCUCAAAAUAGCAGCAGGAACCAGGUGCACACAGUCAUCAACGAGAUCCUCAGCAGGGAGUGGGACUAUAUCAAGCACCUACGGGAUAGCUGCGAGGGCUACAUCAGGCAGUGUCACAAAUGCACCAACAUGUUCAGUGAGGAGCAGCUGCGCACCAUCUUCGGGAACAUCGAGGACAUCUACGGGUGCCAUAAGGCCUUUGUGAAGGCACUGGAGCAGAAGUUCAACACGGAGUGCCCCCACCUGAGCGAGCUGGGUGCCUGCUGGAGAGACAGCCACCCUAACUUCCAGUUGUGCUCCCCAGAAAGCAAACUUCCAGAUUUACCAGAGUAUUCCAACAACCAUCCCAACACAUGCAUGGAGUUCUUCUGGCUCACCAAGCUCAGCCAGUACAUGUAUUUCCAUGAGGCCUGCUGGCUGCUGCAAAAGAUGACCGACAUCUUCCUCAAUAGCUUCCUGCUGACCCUAGUGCAGAAGAUCUGCAAGUACCCACUGCAGUUGGCCAAGUUGCUCAAGUAUACCCACAGGUAUUUCAAGGAUGUGGAAGCUGCUUUACAUGCCGUGAAGGAUGUGGCCCAGCUAAUCAACGAAUGGAAAUGGAGACUUGAACACAUCAACAAGAUUACUCAGGGGCAGAGCUCCAUAGAGGACUGGGAGCUUGUGGCUCUUUUUGCGGUCUCUCACGGGGAAGAUCUUCUGGCCAGGAGCUCCGAACUCAUCUACUCAGGGAAGCUGAUUUGAGUUACACAGCCACAAGCCAAGAGCCAGCAGAGGAUGUUUUUUCUCUUUGACCACCAACUCAUCUACUGUAAGAAGGACCUUCUACACCAGGAUGUGCUGUAUUAUAAGGGUCGAGUGGACAUGGAUAGCUUAGAGGUAGUGGAUCCAGAGUACUGGAAGGAUAAAGACCUCCACAUGAGCAUCAAGAAUGCCUUCCAACUGCACUAUGGAACCAUGGGAGAGAGCUACCUGCUGUAUGCCAGGAAGCCGCAGAAACAGUGCUGAUUCAAAGCCUUUGCCAGGGAGAGGGAGCAGGUGUGGCUGGACCAGAAGACAGGCUUCUCCAUCACUAAGCUGCAGAGGGAGCAGGCCAUGCUGAAUGCCAGCAAGCAGCAGGCACCCAGGAAGCCCAAAGCCCUCAGACAGCCCUGCUAUCUGAUGCACCAAGAGCACCUGACAUUGCUAACCAGCCUGCCCCAGCAACAGGUCUUGGUGAUGGAAGAGCCCAAGUAGGAGCCAUCCACCUUCUGGUAUAGCAUUAGCGGCUGGCACCCUUCCCCAAGUGAGCCUAUUCCCCACCAACAGCACUGUCUUGGCCUGCUCUGCCAGCUAGUCUCCAGCUUUCCCGCCCCAAGGUUCACCCAUGGCUUCCGGCCCUCCUCUGCCUACUCUGCAAACUGGAAGUGAGCAGGGCUGAGCAAGGAAAUGGCUUGGUGUCACCAGUUCGUACCAGGCUCUGCACCUAUUCUCGGUUCUUCCUCACUACUGAUGCACUACAUACACAAGCUGGAGGGGCAGAAGACCCACAGCACAGGAGCGCCUCCCGCCACCCUCCCUACCUUUGUGGGGCCUCCUGGAAACUACAGCUGAGAACCAUCAGCAAGAUGGACAUGUGUAAAAGGACUGACUACUUUAGACUCUCUUCUUCAUACAUCUAAUCAUUCCUCCUCCUGUUUUCUCUGGGCAG